GGUCAAUGGCGGCGUUCGUAAACAACAAAAUUGCUUUCCAAUCCUGAAACUGCUGUCAGUCGUUUGUAUUAUUUCUCUAAAAAUGUCCGAUAGAAGCACAGCGAAGGAAAAAGCAGCUCGGCUGCUCAGAAAGCAGGGAAGUGUUUCAUCCUUAACAAGUGGUGAACAGAAAGCGACAGAACGAUCGAAGCCGGACAAGUUCGAUUCAAUAAGCACUAUUUCUUAUCUCGACGAGCCAAACCCUGACGAAAUACGACCUCCAAUUAAAUACGAAAACACGUACCAGCUACAACCAAACAAGAAAGUACCAUAUGGUCGAAUACAGAAUAUGAUAAAGGAUGUUCUGGAAGGCUAUCUGGCAGACGAACAUUAUGACGCAAAUUUGUGCAAGCAGAUGACAAAAACUAUUUCCGAUGUUAUCAAAGCUCGAGUUAAAGAUAUGGAAAUUCCACGUUAUAAAAUUAUCUGUAUGGUUCACAUUGGUCAACUACUUGACCAAUCAAUGCGUGUCGGUAGUCGCUGUUUGUGGGAUCCCAGUUGUGACACAUUUGCAAUGCACGAAUUCAAGAAUAACUCUUUAUAUGCCGUGGCUUCUGUGUUUGGUGUUUAUUAUGAAUAGACAUGUAACAAUCAUAUCAACGAAACACCAACCUGUUCAUCAAUGGGUGUUUCAAUUCAACCCACUUAUAAUCUUGAGGUUGUUCAUGAAAAUAUUGUCAUUGUAUUAAAAGGCUGAGUGAUAAUAAUACAAAAUCAGGUGAAUAAUAUUGCUGUAAAUUUCCACUAAGUCAACUAAGUGUCAGAACAUUUACUGAAUAAUCAAACACAUAACUUACAGAUGUGUUGUGAAAAAAACAAGGAAUAAUAAUGUUUGCUGUAACCGACAAUGUAAAUUUCCACUAAGUAUCACUAAGUUUACUGAAUAUCGGACACAUAACUGAAAAAAAUAAGGAAUAACGUUUUCGGUAACCCACAUUGUUUUUUCCGAGAAAGAAUACCCGACUGAUUAUUCAAUAAUAAUUUUUCCUGAACUAAUUUUUAUUAUAAGCUUUGAUAGAUAAUAUCUUUGAAACACCAACAAAUUUAAUCAAAUACAGUGUGAGUUAUAAUAAUAAGUAGGAUGAAGUUACGCAAGCUGAACAGCUUUGAGAGAAGAAAUUACUUGGAUUCGAUAUCAAAACUAACAGAAUACUAAUUAUCCAUAAUUAUCUAUACAUGUAUAGGGGGGUUUGAUGGCCGAAUUGUUAGCACGUGCCCGCUGUAUCAUAAGGUCUGUCAUUGAGUCAACUGGUGUGGUUUAGAUUCCCCGGUUGUACUUGGCAAGGAGUAGGGUCGUCUGUCCAACCUCGUGGGUUUUCUCUGGGUCUUCCGGUUUCCUCCCACUGCUAAAGACCCCUACGCGCAAGCAAAUUGUUGAAAUAAAUUUGAACCAUGUGUUAGUCCCUAAAUGACCUAGUUUGUGCCGAGUGAACAUUAAACCCUAUUUCUCGCUCUAUACAUGUAUAAUGUGAAUAUUUGACAGAACUUUUUAAAAAGAGAACCUAUGGAAAACUGCCAAGAAACAGAACCCCAAAAAGACUUUAAUAUUUUUAUUAAUAUUAGUGAUUGGGUAAAAGCUAUUCAAUAAGCAAUUUAUUUUUUAUUUUUUUAUUAAAGAUCUUUAAUAUACAAGCAACAAUACAGAACUAGUCACCUACAAGUUAUGUCUCAUUUAUUACCCCUUCAUUUAAAUUUUUCUUGAUCAUUCAUCUUGCAAGCAGAUAACAUCAACCUGUAUUUCUAAUAUAAUUCAGACAUUUAAUCCUUCAGCAUUUGAUACAUGUAAAUAUUUCCUUCCCUAGUACAUUAAAGAAAAAGAGAACUCUAUAUAUUGAUACCUCAGAAGAAAUUUUGAUAAUAAAAGGGACUAUUUCAUUAAUAAAUAAUUAUCAUUGUGACACAUGAAUUUACAAUACCGUACUGUAAAUAAAAAACAUGAAAUAUGAAUUUAAUUUGCAACGUUUCUGUGCGUUGUCAAAAGUGACCGACAGUCAAAAUUUUGAUGUGGAAGCCCUGUUAAUACUGUUACAACCUGGAACAGACCAAAACUGCUGUUCCUUUAACCUCCUCAACCACCCGAAAUAUGUGAAUAGCUUUCGGUAUUAUGAGACCGUUUUGUGUGCGCCACAGCUGUGGGCCUGAGGGGUGGUUUGGGGCUGUCUUAAGUUCUAUAGGGAUAAUUGUGUCUAUCAUUGCAUUAGCGUGACGAUAUGUGUACUUACAUUUACAUACAAAGUCAUCUAUACCAAAUAUAUUAAUAGUUUGUGUCUUAAUAAAGUGAUUUUUUUGUGUGUUUUUACUGUUAAAUUGUAUUUGCCUUAUUUAUUCUCUUAUCUUAUUCAUACUGGCCAAAAAUAGUACAGGUCCAUGUACAUUUCACUAUAUAAAACUUUAACAAUACACAUACCUUUAUUAUAAAUCCUUUGUCAAAUGUAUUUUUAUAUUGGUCAUAAAAUUUUUUAUUUAUUAAAUCUUUGUUGUUAUGUGAAUUUUAUUUUAUACCAAAGCCAAAUUAAAUUUGAUAUUUUCAAUAUAAUAUUUAUUUGUAAGACUUUAUUAUCAAUUGUGCAUGUGUAUUGUCCUGUAAUCAUAGUGGAUUGUUUUUUAAAUACUGUCUGAGGUAACACUGGUUGCUGAACAUACUCAUUGAUUAUAAAUAGAUUACAAACACGUCAUACAUAAAUGAUGACUUCUUUGUGUUGAGGCAAAUAUUUGUAAGCAUUAUUCAAAUUUAGAUAUGAAGACUUCAAUGAUUCUUUUACAUGUAUGAAUAUAACCCUGGUCAGUGCAUGGUAGAGGGGAGGUAACUAUGUAUGUCAUAAAAAUUAAACCUGUUUUUGAUACUUACUCUUAGUGCUACCCUUUUUUUUUUCAUAAAUUAAUACUGUUUUUUUAACGGAUAGUGGAUAUGAUUGUAGAAAUCAGGACUUGCAAUGAAGUGUAUUAUUAUACCAUUUUUGUUCAUUUAAAUAA